GUUGCGGACUUCCUCGGCCAUGAUAUUCGUGUCCACAGAGAAUACUACAGGCUUCCAGAGGCGACAACACAGCUGGCCAAAAUAUCCAAGCUACUGCUUGCCAUGGAGAAGGGGUCCAUCACAAACCUUCAGGGCAAAACUCUUGAAGAGAUUGAGAUAGAAGAUAACCUUGACUUCACUGCUUCUGAAGCAAGUGAAGAAAGUGAAGCUGACGGAGAGGAUCAGCCCUCAGAUCCACAAACAGACAUGGGACAGGAGAGAGCUGUGCUACCUGUCAACAACCCUUCAGCUGCCUCAGAUGACUUCAGAGAUGACUCUGCCCUUCUAAAGACUUCUAGUGGACAGGAGAGAACUGUACAACCUGUUGACAACCCUUCAGCUGCCUCUGAUGGUGACACUGCUCUUGAAGGGACAUCUAAAGAGGAUAAUGGGAAGAAAAAGUCCAGCAGGAAAAAAAAACGUCAUGAACAAAGUGCGAUUACCAAAAAUGCUGGAGUGGACGAUCCCAGGAGGAAAAUAAAGCAUCCAUGGUCUCCAGCUGAGGUUGCAGCUGUGAUGAGACAUUUUAAAGAUCACAUCAACAAUGGUAAACUCGUCACUAUGAUUCAGUGCCAGCAGUGCAAGACCGCUGAGCAUCAUGUUCUUGCCGACCGCACUCUUCAAAAUAUAAGAGAUUUUGUUAGAAAUCGUGGCAUAACACUGAAGAGGAAGAACCAAUAAGUACAGAGAGAGAUGAUGUUUUGUUUUUAUGUGUUAAAAGAUAAGAGCUGAGCUCUGUUAAGUGGCGACAAAGCCACAAAAAAUAAAGUUGGUUCUUUAACAACUUUAACAACUGGUUAUACCUGGUGUAAUGUCUUUGUCUAUCAGAUAUGUAUUAAUAGGUUUUACCCGAGGUGGAUAAUGACUAUUGUAUACUGAGGAUGUCUUACACACAUGCCACAGAUCAGGUAUGUCUUUAAAUUUCACAAUGGUAUUGUGUUCAUCUAUUUGUCCUCAUAUACUGGUUGUGACCUAUUAAUGCACAUUACUUUCAUUUUUGUGUUUGUGUGAAUCCAUGUUCCAGCAAGUCACCUGUGACCCUCCAAGUCACAUUAGUGUCAGUGUUUGUGUGUUGUAUAACAACAGUCCUUAUUAAUCAAGUUGGUUCUUAUAAUUCUCCUUUUUGUCAUGGGCGGGGUUUAGCAGCUCAUUAACUUUGUCCUUACAAGUCGUCGUAGUGUCAGGUUGUUGUAACUUGCGUUGCUUUUUGUGUUUCUGACUUUUGAAGUGAGAUUUGCAGAGUACAGCCCAAACCAAAUUUUUUGAUAUAUGCCACACCUCUGGGAAACAAGCGGAAAGGGGUGCCACCCUAAUACACCAAAAAACUUGUUUGGCGAGAGGUGUCCUUGUAGUUCACAAAAACCCGUAUGUGUGUGUGUGUGUGUGUGUGUGUGUGUGUGUGUGUGUGUGUGUGUGUGUGUGUGUGUGUGUGUGUG